AUGCGCUUUGCUUCGCAAGUGCUUUUUGCUAUUUUUCUGCUCAGCUUUCCAGCUACAAACCCUGCCCUUCCCCCUCACAAGUCAACUGCCCCAACGCGUCAGUCAACUGCCCAACGCAAGUGCAACCUCAACCCAAUCCUCAUGCAGGGGCGGCAACGAUCCGAUCGCUCCGACCGACAGCGACCUGUGCAGCAGCCACCAGCUUCCCGGCAAGUGCCGUCGGAGCAAUCCUCGGAGGCCGGACAGGCAGCUCAAGAGCGGGUACUGCCUGGUGGCGUUCAUCCAGCAGUUCAGGUGUCUUCCUCCUCCGGCUAUGCGCUGCCCGCUCCGCCUGCUCCUCCAAUACAACAGCAGUCUGCUCCAUUUGGUUCCGACAUGAUGGACGUGGACGUGACCGUGCUGGCUUUUGCGCAGUGGGUGAUGGAGCUCAAGAGCAGAAGUUCCCACUCGCAGAAGUCGCUGCAGAUGGAGCUCAACACCAUCAAGAAUGCCAUCAACGGCAACCACGGCGAUUUGGCCGACUUCAAGCGCCACGGCGCGGCCAUUCAGCAGCACAUGCAGUCCGAGAUCAAUGAGAUUCGCGAGUCCUUGAGCUCGGUCUUCAUGGAAAUCACCGCGGCGGUGCGGAACAACGCUGCUGCGGACCAGGACUUGAAGAUGAAGAUCCAGACGUUGAACGAACAGGCGGUGCGGAACGAGACCGCCUUUGCCCAGCUGGCAGAUGCCGCGGACCAGUCACAGUCCAAGCUCCGGGCGGCCGCGCAGGAGAUGCAGCACUCCUCCGAGCGGAUGCGGGAGGAUUUGGCCGGUCUGAGCCAGCAGACCGAGUCGCUGCAAACCAACGCAGCUGGGCUGCAGGGGUCCAGCCGGACGCACCUGCAGGGUGGCUCCCGCACUUUGGGGAUAGAAAGCGGCGCCUGGUUUUCCAAGGCCGCGUGCCAGUGCAGGGGGGGCUAUGUGCGAUCAGCGAGGCAGUGCCGAGACUGCAUUUUGGCCGAAUGGGCAGAAAGAUCAACUUUGUUAGUGGAUGAAAACGAAGCUGACGAAGAGCUGGAAGCAGUCUGGGCCGAGGCCGGGCUGGCGGAUGCGCCGUCGGAGCGCGCGGGCGAGCGCGGCGCCUCCUCCGCGGCCGCGGCCGCGCUGGCCACUGCACAGGCCGCCCGUCAGGGAGGCCUGCAGCCCAUCGGACCGAUGGCCUUGAGAAGAGGGCGAGGUGCGCGAGAUGAAGUUGCAGCUGGUGCAAAGGCAGCAAGCCCUGCUUCCGACGACGAUUCUGAGACAUCCGAAGAGGAGAUAGAGACCCUGGUGGUUUCGAUGCCGCCCAGGCAAGAAGUUGGCCCGGCUGAUGUCGUGGAGAUCGACGUGGAGGGCUUUGAGGAGGCUUCGGAUGAUAGCAAGAGGCCGAGCACGGUGCCGAGCACUCAGCCAGGCAACGUCGGCAGGGACCACUUGACUCGGAACUCCCGCAUCCUUCCGCGCAAGGAUGUUUUCGAGGAGGCCGUGAAAAGCAGCCGCAAAGAGGAGGAGCCUGCGCCCAAAUCUGCAAACAAUUCACUCUCGCGCGCUCGGCAUCUUUGUGGCGCCGCCACACAGGCUCCAAGCUCGUCCGUGGUCAGUGUGCCAUCUGACCCAGGCAGUGAAGCUGGCAUGGAAGAGGAGUGGCAGGAAAUCGGAAGGAGAACCGAGGAACUUGCGAAGCAGGCCAGGGAAAACAAGGGCAAAGUGGUCACGCCAGAUGUGCUUGGCCAACCGGUGUCCUUCAAAGAGGUGCAUGGUUGGCUUCAAAAGGAGUUUGGAGCUGGGUCCGCAGACAAAGGUGCUUCUGCGACCAGGUGUGAUGAGCAUGGGUUGAUGGACAAGGAGUUCCUGUUGCGUGUGAAGGGCACAAAGUUUGAUUUCAACGACUCCGUUCAUCACCGGAUGCUCCGCACCAUGUACUGCAAACUGGCGCGGUGCAGGGUUUGCCCUCGGGUUGGAAGCCAUUGGGAGGUGCUGGGUUUUCAAGGGAGUGACCCCUUGACAGACUUGAACCGGUCUGGUGGCCUACUCAAUGUGGUGCACAUGUUUUUCAGCUUCUCUCAUUACUUUGACACCUUCAAGGGGGCCUUUCAUCUUGCCCAGGAUGACCAGCAGAACUUCCCCCUGGCGGCAGUUUGCAUUAACAUCACCAAAAUGGUCGUGGAUAGCUUGCUGGAGCAGAAACGGAACCUGGAUGAUGGAAGCGGAGUCUUUGAUGCAGCUUGCCGAAUCUUCUCGGGAGGUCUAAACCAUUUCUACUGGCAGUGGCGCUCACAGAAGCGGACCAUCAGGGAUACCGAGUUGACCUUCAACGAGAUCAAGACGCUGCUGAAGAGUGAGGAGCUAGAAAAGGCUCCUGCUCAGCAGACAGAACUGCUGCAGGUAGACUUCACCGACCUGGGCCAGGUGGCCGCCGCGAGGCCCUGA